CGAAAUCUUGAACGCCAAACAAACUUGCAUGGAUCUAGUGUUCUACACCCGGUUGAACACUGAACGAAAAGCAUAUUCUAUUAUUCAUCACAGAUAUGCCAUACUUCAUCACCAACCGAUUCGCUUUCAUCCCAAACUACCAAACCCCCACCUCUUUGAUUGUUCACCAUGACCAAACUGCUCUUCUCCCGACAACCUUAAAAAAACCGUUACUACCAACAACAAUCAAGAAAAAAUAGUAACCCCAAUGAAGGACUUCAAGCUAUGGAUGAUCACUCUGACCACUUUCUUGAUCAUCACAAAGAUGGUGGUCACUGAAAGCCAAAUACCCACUACUCUAGAUGGCCCAUUUAAGCCUGUGACACAUCGCCUUGAUCCUUCUUUACGUAAAGGCAGCUCGGACUUGCCAAUGGAUGAUCCAAGGAUCAAGAGAAAUGUCACCUCCAACUUCCCAGAACAGAUUGCUCUUGCUAUUUCUUCGCCAACUUCAGUUUGGGUUUCUUGGGUUACUGGGGAUGCUCAGGUUGGUUCAAAUUUGACUGAGCUUGAUCCUUCAUCGGUUUUAAGCGAGGUGUGGUAUGGGAAAGAAAGUGGCAAGUAUACGAGUGUUGCAAAAGGGGAUUCCACUGUUUACAGUCAAUUGUACCCAUUUAAAGGCCUCUUGAAUUACACCUCUGGGAUCAUUCACCAUGUGAGGCUCAAAGGUCUUCAACCCAAAACAAAAUAUUAUUACAAAUGUGGGGAUAGCUCUAUUCCAGCUAUGAGUGGAGAAAAUGUCUUUGAGACAUUUCCAACGCCUAGCCCAAAUAGUUAUCCUCAUCGAAUAGCAGUUAUUGGAGAUUUGGGUCUCACAAGCAACACCACAACAACUAUUGAUCAUUUGAUUCAGAAUGAUCCUUCAAUGAUAUUAAUGGUUGGAGACUUAAGUUAUGCAAAUCAGUAUCAGACAACUGGUGGAAAAGGAGUUCCAUGCUUCUCGUGUGCAUUCCCAGAUGCACCUAUCAGAGAGACUUAUCAACCCCGCUGGGAUGCAUGGGGAAGAUUCAUGGAGCCAUUAACCUCAAGAGUUCCUAUGAUGGUCAUUGAAGGCAACCAUGAGAUUGAGCCCCAAGUUUCUGGGAUCACAUUCAAAUCAUAUUUGACGAGAUUUGCAGUUCCUUCAGCGGAGAGUGGUUCUAAGAGUAACUUAUACUACUCUUUUAAUGCUGGAGGAGUACAUUUUAUCAUGUUGGGGGCAUAUGUUGACUAUAACAGUACUGGUGCUCAAUAUGCUUGGCUAAAGAAAGAUCUAGAUCUAGUGGACCGCACUGUAACCCCUUGGCUGGUAGCUGCAUGGCAUCCACCAUGGUAUAACAGCUAUUCUUCACACUAUCAGGAAUUUGAAUGCAUGAGGCAGGAAAUGGAAGCAAUUUUGUAUCAAUAUGGUGUUGAUAUUAUUUUUUCUGGACAUGUGCAUGCUUAUGAGCGAAUGAAUAGAGUUUAUAACUAUACAUUGGAUCCAUGUGGGCCUGUCUAUAUAAUAGUUGGAGAUGGUGGCAAUAUUGAGCAAGUUGUUGUUGAUUUUGCUGAUGACCCUGGAAAGUGUCCUUCAGCUGGAGAUAACACACCAGAAUUUGGAGGGGUAUGUCAUUUGAAUUUUUCUUCUGGUCCUGCUAAAGGGCAGUUUUGUUGGAACAGACAACCAGACUGGAGUGCAUAUAGAGAAAGCAGCUUUGGGCAUGGAAUACUUGAGGUUGUGAAUUCUACAUAUGCUUUAUGGACUUGGCAUAGGAAUCAAGAUGUAUAUAAUGAAGAUAGCCACAGUGAUCAAAUAUACAUUGUGCGACAGCCAGAAUUGUGCUCUAAAACUUUAAAACCCUUUAUCGUGCAUGCUCCAAGCUCUCUCCCUUCCUCUUCAUCACUCUCUAAGGCAUGUUGUCACCACCCCUCUCUAUUAAUAUUCUCUCUCUACUCAUUACUCAUGGGGGCUCUCUCUCUCUCUCUCUUUGCCACUCAGCUUAAUGAGGUCGUUAGGCUCAUGCUCUUUUCCCCGUUUUAAAGAGGUAAUUGAUGCAAAACCAUACGAAAAUUGCUUGGUUUUUUCCGUAAAAUUUGUAUAGUGACUGUUUGGUUGCUUUGGAAAUGUAGACAUUUUUUUUAGUUGUGCAAGUGGGCAAUUGGGUUUUUAUUGAUUGUUGCUGAUAAAAACUCAUUUGUAAGUUUCUGUUUCAGUUAAAUGAAAAUUUUCUUGGUUUAGUGAUGAUAA